GGGAUGUAGUUCAGUGCAAAGGGCCUUGGUUCCAUUUCCCCUAUUGCAAAAGCAAAGGAUAAGAAAGAACUCCCAUGACAGCUCUUGGUUUAGCUCUCAUGGAGUGUUGUUGGGAGCUGUGGUCGGUACUCCAGAGACCUGGCGGGAAGUAGCUAAGAAGACAAAAAGCCAAGCCUGAGAAGGAUACAUGGGAAUUCUCUCUACCAUUUUUUGCAACUUCUUCUGAGCCUACAGUGAUUUCAAAACAAGUUUAAAGAAAAAAAAUCCAGCACAUGUCAGUUUGGCUGCUCCAUGCCUCCCCACUGGGAGGUGACUCAGAAUGACCACCCCUUUGUAGUGCUGGGAUUCAUCCCUGGGAGAGACCCGGGUUGCUCAGGGGAGGGCUGGCCUCUGUGCUGAAGGUUAGCCAAGAUCUGGAACCAGCUAAUUUCAUAGUUUAAUUUCACUUUCACUUUUGCUUUCCCUCGAAAUGACUGAAGAGCCAGGAAAACGCAAGCGGCGUCUUUGGCUCCCUGGCUUAGGUGCCUGUCCUACCAGCUGCAAGCACUCUGUUUCUCCACAGAGUUGGAGCUGUGAGCACUGCAGCCUGCUGCCUUGCCCUAGGCCCAGAGGAUGGCCGUCCUGGAGCCUUCUGAGUGGCUGGACAGGGAGCUGUACUCCAGACAGCUGCCUGUGCUGGGCGCACCUGCCAUGCAGAGAAUUAGGAAAGCCAAAGUACUGCUGUCGGGCCUGCAGGGCCUGGGGGCCGAGGUGGCCAAGAACCUGGUCCUGAUGGGUGUGGGCAGCCUCACUUUACACGAUCCCCAUCCCACCUGCUGGUCUGACCUGGCUGCUCAGGUUUUUCUCUCAGAGAGGGACUUGGGAAAGAGCAGGGCUGAGGCCUCUCAAGAACACUUGGCUCAACUCAGUGAAGCUGUCCAGGUCCUUGUCCACCCCAGCGACAUCACGGAGGACCUACUGCUGAAAUUCCAGGUGGUGGUGCUGACUGCUUCCAAGCUGGAGGAGCAGCUGAUGGUGGGUACCUUAUGCCACAAACAUGGAAUCUGCUUUCUAGUGGCUGACACCAGGGGCCUCGUCGGGCAAUUGUUCUGUGAUUUUGGUGAGGAGUUCAUAGUGCAUGACCCUACAGAGGCAGAACCCCUGACAGCUGCCAUCCAGCACAUCACCCAGGGCUCCCCUGGCAUCCUCACUCUGAGAAGAGAAGACAAGGAGCAUUCCUUCUGUGAUGGGGACUUGGUGACUUUCUCAGGCAUCAAGGGCAUGGUUGAGCUCAAUGGCUGUUCUCCUCGGCCCAUCUGUGUGCAGAAGGAUCGGUCCUUGGAGAUUGGGGACACAUCAACCUUUUCCCCAUACUUACAUGGUGGGACUGUCACUGAAGUCAAGAGACCUGAGACUGUGAGGCAUAAGCCCCUGGACAGAGCCCUGAUCCAGCCCCGUGUUGUAGCUCCAAGUGCCCAGGAAGCCCACCGUGCCCACUGCCUACAUCAAGCCUUCCGUGCACUGCACAAGUUCCAGAAUCUCCAUGGUCGGCCACUGCACCCCUGGGAUCCUGUUGAUGCAGAGAUCAUGGUAACCCUUGCCCGGGACCUGGGACCACUGAAGGGGGCAGAAGAAGAGCCACUGGAUGAGGCCCUACUUCGAACAGUUGCCCUGAGUAGUGCUGGUGUCCUGAGCCCUAUGGCAUCCAUUCUGGGAGCAGUGGCUGCCCAGGAAGUUCUGAAGGCAAUCUCCAGAAAGUUCAUUCCCCUGGACCAGUGGCUAUACUUCGAUGCCCUUGACUGUCUUCCAGAAGAUGAGGAGCUCUUUCCCAACCCUGAGGACUGCUCACUGAGAGACUCACGCUAUGACGGGCAAAUUGCAGUGUUUGGAGCUGGUUUUCAGGAGACACUGAGUCACCAGAACUUCUUCCUGGUGGGUGCUGGUGCCAUUGGCUGUGAGCUACUCAAAGGCUUUGCCCUAGUGGGCCUGGGAGCUGGAGCCAGUGGAGGCGUGACUGUUGUAGACAUGGACCAUAUAGAGUACUCCAACCUCAGCCGUCAGUUCCUUUUCAGGCCCUGGGACAUUGAUAAGCCCAAGGCAGAGGUGGCUGCAGCAGCUACCAGGGAUCUGAACCCAGACUUAGAGGUGACUACAUAUGUCCAAGUCCUGGAUCAUACCACAGAACACAUCUUUGGAGACAAUUUCUUCUCCCAUGUGGAUGGUGUGGUUGCUGCUGUAGAUAGCUUUGAGGCCCGACACUAUGUGGCUGGUCGCUGCAUCCACUACCUGAAGCCACUGCUAGAGGCGGGCACACAGGGCACUAAGGGCAGUGCUUCAGUGUUUGUGCCACAUGUGACUGAGGUUUACAAAGGCCCUGUCUCAGCUGAAGCUUCUGAGAAUGUCCCCGCCCCUGUCUGCACCGUGCGACGCUUCCCCAGCACAUACGAGCACGUCCUGCAGUGGGCUCGGAAUGAAUUUGAGGGACUCUUCCAACUAUCUGCAGAGACCAUCAGCUGCUACCAACAGAGAUUCACUUCCUUGGCAGACGUGGAUGGGCCACAGAUACUGACCUCACUGCAGCUGGUGAUGGGUGUCCUGCGAGUACGCCCGCAGACCUGGCGAGACUGUGUCAUGUGGGCCCUUGGCCAUUGGCACCUAUGCUUCCAUGAUGAUAUCAUACAGCUGCUGAGUCACCUCCCACCAGAUAAAGUGCAUGAGGAUGGAACUCUGUUCUGGUCAGGUCCCAAACGGUGUCCCCAGCCCCUGGAAUUUGACAUCAGCCAAGACAUGCACCUCCUCUACAUACUGGCAGCUGCCAACUUGUAUGCCCAGAUGCAUGGGCUGCCUGGCUCAUCAGAUCAGACUGUGCUCAGGGAACUGGUGAACUUGCUGCUACAGACUGACCCCCAACACCCGGCCCCCGUGCUGGCUAAGUACAGACUAAGGACACCAGCACCUACUCCCCUGACAGGCCCUGAACAGUUGAAAGAACUGCAGGAAGCCCUGGAAGUCUGGAGCAAAGGCCCUCCCCUGAAGCCCCUGGUGUUUGAGAAGGAUGAAGACAGCAACUUCCACAUGGACUUUGUAAGAGCAGCAGCUAGCCUGCGAUCUCAGAACUAUGGUAUCUCAGAACCAGUAGACCAUACUCAGAGCAUGAGAAUUGCGAGCCAGAUCAUCCCAGCCAUUGCUACCACUACAGCAGCGGUAGCAGGGCUGGUGGGCCUAGAGCUGUAUAAAGUGGUGCGCAGGCCACAGCCUGUUGGUGCCUUUCGUCAUACCUACCUGCACCUGGCUGAAAACCGCCUUCAACGCUCAGUACCUUCCACCCCAGCCAUCCAGAAGUUUCAUCACCUGGAGUGGACCCGUUGGGACCGCCUGAAGGUGCCUGCUGGGCAGCCGGAGAGGACACUGGAGUCACUGCUGGACCAUCUCCAGGAACAACAUGGGCUGAAUGUGAGGAUGCUGCUGUAUGGUCAAGCUGUGCUCUAUUCAACCCAAUGGUCCCCUGAAAGUCAGGCCCAAUACCUGCCCCUCAGGGUGACAGAACUGGUUCAGCGGGAGACAGACUGGGUGCCUGAGCCUGGACUGAGGGUGCUGGUACUGGAGCUGAGCUGUAAGGGUGAGGAGGACAACACUGCCUUCCCACCUCUACACUACGAGCUGUGGUGAGGCACCCCUGCACUUGGCUUAACACAGCCCUGUGCAGAAGCCCUAAAUCCUGAGGCCACAGCAGGCACUCAAUAAAGCUUGUUGAAGGAAGGCAGGAGUGGAGAAAAUGAAUGAUAGGACAGCAGGGGCUGGAGCACAUGGCUGUAACAUGGGAAGACAGACCCUCAAAGGGAAAGAAAAGACUUCAGAUUUGCCUGCCUGGACUGUGCCUCUCAGGGAUGCAUCUGCCUCCUGGAGCCUCAGGGGUAUGGAACCAACAGUAUAGAAAA